UACCGAGGCUUUCUCUAUUCGAAUUUAUCCCUUUGAAAUAAAUGGCUAAGAAGAAGCCAGCAUUGCUGGAAACACUGCAAUUCUUCCUUUGAUUCGGACCAGCCUCAUUUGAAGGUACGACUACGAAACCAUCAUCUAAUGCUGCUUCCUCAUUCAAUUUUAUUUCAUAAUCCUUUAUUUCGACCUCUAAAUUUCACCUAGAAUAUGCACGCUUUAAGCCCUUUUCCUUCUAAAGGUAACCACUCGUUGGUUCCUUCUCUUUUUGCGGGAUUUGAAUCUAGUCCUUCUCCCAAUAGGAGAAGAAUGGUGAAGCUUGGUUUUGUGUUUUCUCUGUCUCGUAGAACAUGUAUUGGUGAUAUUCAAUGCUCAAGAAGCUUUUCAAGUGGUUACAGUAUUGUAUCAUGUGUUGGGAACCCAAAUUUUGAUUUUAGAUUAGGGUUUUUGUUUGGAUACUCUAAAGUGAAUUUUGUUACACCUAUGGCGUGGGCGGUGGAGGAUCAGGGUAUUAUUGGUAAUGAAUUGGUGGAGGGGCGGACUAAUUCUAUUGACAGUUCAUCUGUUAGUGGCGAGUCUGAGGGGGCAAACUCUUCGAAUUCGGAUCAAAGUGAAGGUAUUAACUGUCAGCAAGAGAUGCAUGGUGGUGAAUGCAGUGGGACUGAGUUGUUUGAGGAGGAGGCAGUUUCUGCUGAUGGUUCCUCAGUUAGCAGUGAGUCAGAGGGUGUGUACUCUUCGAAUUCGGAUCAAAGCGAAGAUAUCAACUAUGAACAAGAGAUUCAGACUGAAAACAGUGCUGGGGAGGAUGGAAGAGAAGAGAGUGAUGUUAAGGUUGAUGUGAGAGCACUUGCAACAACCUUGCAGUCCGCUAAGACGGUUGAGGACGUGGAGGAUAUUCUUAAGGACAAGGGGGAGUUGCCCCUUCAGGUGUAUUCAACCAUAAUAAAGGGUUUUGGUCAAGACAAGAGAAUGGAUUCUGCGUUGAUUCUUUUUUAUUGGAUGAAGAGGAGGAAGAUAGAAACUAAUGGUUCUUUUGGCCCCAAUCUUUACAUAUAUAAUGCCGUGUUAGGUGUUGUUAAACAGUCUGAACAAUUUGAUGAAAUGGAGACCAUUUUAAAUGAAAUGGCACGAGAUGGAAUCGCCUAUAAUGUUGUGACAUAUAAUACCUUGAUGGCUAUUUACAUUGAGAAAGGGGAAGCUGGCAAAGCGCUCGAUAUGCUUGAAGAAAUUCAUAAAAAUGGCCUUAUCCCGUCUCCAGUAUCCUAUUCUCAAGCUUUGCUGGCAUAUCGAAGAAUGGAAAAUGGGAAUGGAGCUCUAAACUUUUUUGUUGACUUCAGAGAAAAAUAUCGACAAGGUGGAAUAGGGAGAGAUGAUGAUGGUGAAGAUUGGGAGAGUGAGUUAAUAAAGCUUAAGAAGUUUACAAUCCGUGUUUGCUAUCAAGUAAUGCGUCGUUGGCUUGUCAGUCAUGAUAAUUCGAGCAACAAUGUAUUGAAGCUUCUCAUUGAUAUGGACAAUGCUGGAAUUCCACUGGGGCGUGCUGACCUUGAGCGACUUGCAUGGGCUUGUACUCGUGAAGACCACUAUAUUGUUAUCAGAGAGGUAUACACAAGGAUAAGGGAAAGGUAUGAUAAGAUCAGCUUGUCUGUCUGCAAUCAUGUAAUCUGGUUGAUGGGGAAGGCAAAAAAGUGGUGGGCUGCUUUGGAGAUAUAUGAAGACUUAUUGGACAAAGGGCCAAAGCCAAAUAACUUGUCAUAUGAACUGAUAACCUCUCACUUUAAUGUCCUUCUCAGUGCAGCCAAGAAAAAAGGAAUUUGGAGAUGGGGUGUGAGGCUUAUUAACAAGAUGGAAGAUAAAGGCCUAAAACCGGGAAGUAGGGAAUGGAAUUCAGUUCUUAUGGCCUGUUCGAAGGCUGCAGAAACUACUGCUGCAGUGCAAAUAUUUAAGAGGAUGGUGGAAAAUGGUGAAAAACCGACUGUGAUUUCAUACGGGGCUUUGUUGAGUGCUCUUGAGAAAGGAAAACUCUACGACGAGGCCCUCCGUGUGUGGGACCAUAUGAUCAAAGUUAGGGUUGAACCAAAUGCAUAUGCCUACACAAUCAUGGCAUCAAUUUAUACUGCACAAGGAAAUUUUAGUAGAGUAGAUGCAAUCAUCCGAGAGAUGGUAACAUUGGGAAUUGAGAUAACAGUAGUUACAUAUAAUGCAAUUAUUAGUGGUUGCGCACGAAAUGGCAUGAGUAGUGCAGCAUAUGAAUGGUUUCACCGGAUGAAAGUUCAAAACAUCUCUCCCAAUGAGAUCACUUAUGAAAUGUUGAUUGAGGCACUUUCGAAUGAUGGAAAGCCUAGGCUGGCAUAUGAGUUGUAUAUGAGAGCUCAAAGUGAAGGCCUUAUCCUUUCUUCAAAAGCUUAUGACUUGGUUGUGCAAUCCUCUGAGGCUUAUGGUGCUACCAUCAAUCUAAGUUCUUUAGGAUCACGUCCGCUCGAUAAAAAAAGGAAGGUGCAAAUUAGAAAAGCAAUGAAAGAAUUCUACAACUUGGCUGAUGUUUCCGGGAGAAGUAAACCAUUUGAUAAAAGUGAAAUUUGUUACACACAGUCACAAGAAUUGAAUUAGUUAGUACAGAAUAGGAUAAUCAGAUAUUUUACGACCUUUGUAUAUUCGGCAUUGUUGUUGUUUGAAAGAAUUGUUGUAAUAUUUCUUCUCCAUAUGUGAGCGAAAUCCAGAGGUCCGCACAUUCUCUGAAAUUAUGGCUCAAAUCAUAAUCAAAUGUUUAGUUGCAAGAUAAGUUUCUUUUUAG